AUGGUUGGGCGUAGAGGUAAAUAUGGUGAUAGAGGCGACGGUGGUGGCAUUUGUGGUUAUGAUUGUAGUUAUAGUGGUGGUGAUGGCAGUGUCGGCAACAAUGGUGGUGGCAAUGUUGGUGAUGGUGGUUGUGGUUGUGGUUGUGGUUUUGGUGGUGAUUAUGAUUGUAGUGGUGGUAGUUACGGUUGUUGUGGUGGUGGUGGCAACAAUGGUGGUAUAAGGUUAGUGUUUAUAGUGGUUGGUACUGGUGGUCACUGUAUUCUCCGAGGGCUAAAAUGCUUUGGACUAAGAUUUAAGAGUCCCCUUCCAGAGCGACAUAUUUCACCUGAAGUCGAACUGCCCCAGUGA